CUGUGAGUCACAGUGAUAGCUCACACUGGGCUGUUACUUCCUGAUCUCUCAUACUGGGCCCCCAGCAGCCGGCGAAGAACAGGGGCAACCAGACUCAGUAGCCCCUCAGCCAGCCACAGGAUGGCAUUAAAUAGGAACCACACUCAGAGCGGAGAGGUUGUUGUGGAUAACAGAGAGGGAAUCAUUAAGAAAUGUAAAGAUGUGGAGCUGUCGUUCAGCGACAUGACGAACAAGACAGACACCUUCAAGGGGAACAAGAAGGGGGCACUAUACCUCACGUCCUACAGGGUGAUCUUUGUGAACAAGGGCAAGGACCCCAUGCUGUCCUUCAUGAUGCCGUUCUACCAGAUGAAGGGGUGUACCAUAGAGCAGCCGGUCUUCUCUGCCAACUACAUCAAGGGCACCAUCAGCGCCGAGCCUGGCGGGGGCUGGGAGGGAAAGGCCUCAUUCAAACUCACUUUUAACAGCGGAGGCGCCAUUGAGUUUGGCCAACUGAUGUUUAAAUUGGCUACCACAGCUUCUAGACCUCCUGCACCUGCUAAUGCUGGAUAUGGUUACACACCCGCUCCUAUGGCAGGGGGGUAUGUGCCUGGUGGAUAUCCGCCUGCCCCUGCAGGAUACUCCCCCGCCCAACCUGUUCCACCUUACCCGUAUGCGCCCCCAGCUAUGAACGGAUAUGGACCACCACCACAGCCAAUGGGAUACCCCUACGCACCGCCCCCAGGCGCUGGCAUAUACCCCCCUCCUCCAGAGAUGUUCAUGGCACCCCCUCCCCCAUACCCAGGCCCUCCUUACAAUGGUGCCCCUAACGCUCCUUCUGGAUGGAUGGAACCUGGCAUGCCUGGAGGAGGCAAAGCUGCAGAAGCCGCAUCAAGUGCAUAUUAUAACCCGGCCGACCCUCACAAUGUUUAUAUGCCCAUGGAGAGACCCCCCCCUUAUGCUCCUACUGAUGAUAAAAAGACUAACUAAUCCGGAGCCGUUGGCGUGUGACGUGUGCUCUGUCUCUUUGACAAACAAUAUAUGGCUGAGAGGGGCUUGACAGACAGGCGAGAGGGACAGUGUCACACUUUAUGGCAAUGUAAUAGUAAUAAUCGUUGUUUCUUCCAAGAGCUGGAUGCCACUGUUAACGUAUACUUGUUUCCUGUCCUUUGGUGUUAGAUCAGCACCGUCGGCACUUUCUCUGGUGGUUCAUUGUCAGACUCCUGGUGGUUUAUUCCCAUCCCUAUGUGACCAGCGUCUAUUCUGUAUCCCAGGGGAAAACUCUGUCACCACUUGUCACAGCACAUAAGGAACUAAUUCUUUAGCUCUAACCAUUUGUCUGGUAUCUGAGUCACCGUGCAGCUGUUGGGUAUGCACAAGUCAUAGGAAUAUGGCCGGGCUAGGUUGUACCCUGACCCUGCAAGACUCCGUAAUUAGCUAUGCGAGGCAGAGAUAACCAGCGGCAUCAGACAAUAUAUGGAGAUUGUAAAACCUCCAUGUCCUUCCUGGAAUUAAGACAUAUUUAAAGAAUAUUAUUUUUGCUUAUUAUCUAUAUUGGUUGAUUUGACCUAUUUUCUCUGUAGUUUAAAGAUUUUACAUUUUUAAAAUACACAAAAUUAACAUUAUUAUUUAUCUGAUGGUGUAAUAUGCGUUUACAUUAGUCUUACACAUUUAUUUGCAGCUGUAGGCUUAAUCUCUAGCAGAUAAGGGGUUACUGUAUGGUUAAUCUCUAGCAGAUAAGGGGUUAAUGUAUGAUUAAUCUCUAGCAGAUAAGGGGUUACUGUAUGGUUAAUCUCUAGCAGAUAAGGGGUUAAUGUAUGAUUAAUCUCUAGCAGAUAAGGGGUUACCGUAUGGUUAAUCUCUAGCAGAUAAGGGGUUAAUGUAUGGUUAAUCUCUAGCAGAUAAGGGGUUAAUGUAUGGUUAAUCUCUAGCAGAUAAGGGGUUAAUGUAUGGUUAAUCUCUAGCAGAUAAGGGGUUAAUUAGUAAGUUUGCAGUGAGUGAUAGUGAAUUAGAAGCUGGGAUGUGUGUAGCUAAUAAAUGUAUUUAUGUAAAUAUAUAUAUCCUAGAGUUGGCAAACACGCCCACUGCGCCAGCACCUUACGACUGGUCGCCGUAUAUCAGUUUCUCAAAAAAUAAAAACUCUAUUUUUCUUACAGGAUUUUUAUUCUGGAUUUUUCAGUUUAAAAAAUAUAUUUUAUUAACCCUUUUGCUUGCAGUGAGGUGAACAAGACAUUGUACUGCAGCAAAAGAUUUAACUACUUUGUAGCCAUGAAUGGUGUGAGACCCAUUAGAUCUGUAAAAAUAACUAUAAUAAAGUUGUUUAGAAAUA